UGAUUGUGGCAUCACUGCAAAAGUGUAUAUAAUAAAAUGGUGAAAGAUGGGUGUCAAGCUUUAAGAAAAUUGAUGUAAUUCAUUAAAUAAAAUUUGUGUUGAUCAUUAAAAAACAUUAAUCAAUAUCGGUGCAUCUUUUUGAAUCUGUUAUUGAAUCAUUUAAAAUAAUUGUAUAUAAUACGUUGACCAAUGUUGCAAUGAUACAGAAGUGCGUCAUGUAUGGCGACUUACGAAAAAUAUGCGAUAGCCAUACGCAGUUCGCCCCGCACGGGCUCUGCAUUCUGUCGGACUAAUGAUCAAUGGCUUUAUUUGAGAAGCGAUAUACAAAUAAAGUGCUGUUAGAUGAUACAGAAAAGCUGACGAGCGUCAUUGAAAAUGCAAGAACAAUCGACGGACAUACGGAAUAUGUGAUUAGAACACAAAGAGGUCCACUUUCUGAGAAAUUUUGGAGAGUUAGCAGACGCUACAAUGACUUUGUACAGCUUAAUGCAGCUUUAUCAAUAUCUGGUAUUGAUCUGGCACUUCCUCCAAAGAAAAUCAUUGGUAAUAUGGAACCAGACUUCAUAGCUCAACGUCAAAUAGCCCUACAGAAUUAUUUAAACAAUAUACUAAUGAAUCCUAUAUUGGCUUCAUCACUUCCUAUGAAAAAAUUCUUAGAUCCAGAUAAUUAUACAGCACCAUUACAUGAAAUAGCUUUGCAACAGGUGUCAUUAGCCUUACGUAGUGAUGCAAAUUUUGAAGUUUGUAAAGCCAUUCCUGAUAUGGGAUGGCGGUUAAGAAAACAUUAUUAUACUGUAAAAAACCGUCAAAAUUCAAAACAAGAAUUAUUACUUGCAUGGGUAGAAUUUGGUCCAGAUAAACAUUUGCAAGAUAAAGAUAUGCAAGGUGUUUUUAAAAGUUUAGGAACAUUAAAGCAUAAUUAUAUAGAACCAAUUGUUUAUCAACAUGUAACUGAAAAUGGAGCAUUAAUGAUAAGAAAUUUUUAUCCGACGGGUACAUUACGUGACAUUUUGUGCAUAACUAAACCUAAACAACCAUUUAUAAAAAAGUAUGGAAAUCCAAAACAAACCAAAUCAUUAACAGUGCCUGAAAUUGCUAUGUAUGGUUACCAGAUUUUGGAAGCUUUAGGAUUUCUUCAUGAAAAAGGUCUACCAUAUGGACAUUUACAUACAGGAAAUAUUCUUUUAACACAAAAAUGUGCCAAGUUAUUGGAUGUAGAAAAUGGUCUUCUAGGUUUACCAGCAUUUUAUCGUCCUUAUGUUGUACAAAGGCGUAAACUUCAUGCCACGACUCAAGUAGAUAUUUAUUCUUUUGGACAUGUAUUAUAUGAAAUGGCAUUUGGAAGACCAUUGUUAGAAGCAACAUGUUCGGAAUUACCAUAUUGCGAUUUAACUUUAAAAAGUCUACUAGAAGUGAUACUUUCACCAGAAGCCUUGAAACAGGAUUUACCAACAAUAUCACAUUUAUUAGAACAUCCAUUCUUUGAAUCAGCAAAACAUAUUACAUUUGCUGUUGGAUCCAUAGAAAAACCACAUUUCAAAUUAAGUAGUCAUUUGAAAGAAGCUCUACAAGAAGCAGUAAACAAAGCAGAACAAAGACUAAAAGAAGAACAAAAAGUAGCAAGACAUCAAAAAAGACUUGUCAAAGUUCAAGAAAUGAUGAGUUCAGAGGAAGAAAUGAAAAAGCGAAAACAGAAACUAAAAAAGGAGCAAAAAUUAGCCCAAGAACAACGUUCUGCAAACCAAUUAAGUGCAAAUGGAAUAAAACAUGUAAAUGGUAAGAGUCCGGAACGCUCGGAUAGUCCUACUAGUACUUCUACAGCAACCAGUGUUGGAACUUUAACGCCUCCAUCACUGCCUGGGCACAAAAGUUGAUGGCGCAUACUACGCUUAUUUCUCUCACGUUCUAUAGAUGUGCGACAAGGUGAUGGAGUUCCUGCAAAAAGUAUUAUACCAGCACCUCCGUCACAGAUGACUGCAACUAUUGAUGUGUCAAGUAAUGUCUCAAAAUUGACCAACGAACGAGCUGCUCUGCUUGGAAGUAUUUGUAAUUUCAAUAAAACUAGUCUUCGUAAAGUUGCCAAUGAAUAUCAUUGAGAUAAAAGGAGAUGAUAGACACAA